AGAGAGGGCGAGAGGAGGAAGCAGGCUCUCCGCCGAGCAGAGAGCCCGAUGCGGGGGUCGAUCCCAGGACCCUGAGAUAAUAACUCGAGCCAAAGGCAGAGGCUUACCCCACUGGGCCACCCAGGCGCUCCUGGCACAAAUAUCUUCAGGUCUGCCACCAUGUCUGCUUUAAAAACGUGAAUUCAGCACCAUGGAUUUGGUAGGGAACAGUGUGAGCCUUCUGUCUGGCUUCACACAGCCCUCUUUCCACCACUUUAUGAUCAGCUGCAGCCCCUCUUAUGUCCAAACACCAGGUCUUUUCCAAGGUAAAGUGGUAUCUUGUCAUUUUAUCAUUUCUUAAACAGUUAACAUGGGAAACUGCUACUCUGUUUGAUAGGUUCCUGUUGUUCUUUCUUACGUGUUGCUGACAGAGGUGUCGUGCCCCAUCCCCAUUCUCCCCGAUUCCCUGCGGGUUUGCCGUGUGACUUCGUGCGGGGUGGUUCUUGGCUGCAUACAGUAGAACUGCCUCUGUGUUAUGAUCUCAUGUAUUUAAAAAUCUUUAUCUUAGAUUUAUGGAUUCUCUCAGCAAUGCUCUUAAUAGUUUUCUAUUUCUAAUUUCUUCACGUCUUUACCAUUCUUGACCAAUAAAAAUUUCUUAAUGGUGUCUCUAUAUUUUAUUUUUGUGCUUAUCAAGUUCACAAUCCAGUAAAAAGCUUAAACUAAGCCUCGCAGUUUCCUCACUGUCUUCUUCCAUCCUGUGUCCGUGCUCAGCCGCUUUGGUCUAUGUUCACUCUCGUGGCAUCUGCCUGAAGCUUUUAUACGAUCACAUGGUGUGAUCGUGUUUCUCCUCCGCUGAAAAGUCGCUGAUUUGACGCGUGGCCUGGGCGGGAUCGGAAUGCAGGAAGCCACAGCCUCGUUUCCCUACAACACGGCCUCAGACGUGCUGUCCACUCUGCCGUUCCUUGGCCACUGGGGUUGUCUUAGUGAGCACUCAUGAGGUUCUGGUCACUUUUGGGCUUUGGGCCUCCAGUCCACACUCUUAAUUCCUCCUCCUCUUCUUCCCCACGCAGGCUGCAGAGGAGAGAUGGGGAGCUUGUCCCUUCAUUCUCACGUCCUGUGGGGGCUCCUCCUGGGUUGGGAAGCCAGGUGCUUAGACCAGAGAAGCUCCUCUUGUCAGCCAGUGCCGUCGCGUCAGGAGCCCAUCAGGGGUGCUUAAGUCCAGGAAUCUCUACUUCACUUCUCAGCUGCCUUUACAGAAUGUUCCAGAAGCCUCCAUCUUCAGAAGUUCCCAGAGGGACCCCGAGAUCACGACCUGAGCCGAAGGCAGAUGCUCAACCAACUGAGCCACCCAGGCAUCCCAAGACUGGAAGCUUCUUGAGGGCAGAAGUUGGUUGUGUUCAUCCUGAAGUCUUCAGGACCAAAAACAAUAUGUGGCACAUGGAAGCUCAGAAGUUUUUCCCUUUAAAGAGCGAGAAUUAUUGUCAUUCAAGGAUAUAUCUAUGGAGUUCACCUGGGAAGAGUGGCAGUUGCUGGACUCGACGCAGAAGUACCUGUACAGGGACGUGAUCCUGGAGAACUAUAGCCACCUGGUGUCUUUGGGGUAUCAUGGUACCAAACCCGAUUUAAUCUUCAAGUUGGAGCAAGGAGAGGAGCCAUGGAUAAUAAAUGCCCGAGUUUCCCGUCCGAGCUGUCCAGAAGGUUGGAAAGAAUGGUGCCAGGAAAAUGAAGACGAGUUCGAAUACGUUGAGAGAAGUUUCGCUUGUGCUGCGUUUGGAAGACGUCGUCUGAGCAGAACCCGUGUUCCUUCAGGACAGAGAAUCCAUAAGUAUAGCACACAUGGAAGACGGCUGACCCAAAGCUCAGCUUCAGCCAAAAGCUGUCUGAGAAAAAACCCUGACAAGUUCCACGGAUAUGAAGAAUCCUAUUUUCUCAAGCAUCAGAGAGCUCAUAGUAUAGAAAAAAACUGUGUGUGUAACGAAUGUGGGAAGGCUUUUCGUUGUAGAUCCCAGCUGAUUGUGCAUCUCAGAAUUCACACGGGAGAGAGGCCUUACGAGUGCACCAAGUGUGAAAGGGCGUUCAGUGCCAAGUCCAACCUGAACGCUCACCAGCGGGUGCACACGGGAGAAAAGCCCUACUCCUGCGGGGAGUGCGGGAAGGUCUUCUCCUUCAGGUCCCAGCUCAUCGUCCAUCAGGAAGUUCACACGGGAGGGAAGCCUUACGGCUGCAGCGAGUGUGGGAAAGCCUACAGCUGGAAAUCACAGCUGCUUUUACACCAGCGAAGCCACACGGGCGUGAAGCCGUACGAGUGUGGCGAGUGUGGGAAAGCCUUCAGUUUGAAGUCGCCAUUCGUCGUACACCAGAGGACGCACACGGGGGUGAAGCCCCAUAAAUGCAGCGAGUGUGGGAAAGCCUUCAGGAGUAAGUCCUACCUCCUGGUUCACAUCCGAAUGCACACAGGGGAGAAACCCUAUCAGUGCAGCGACUGUGGGAAAGCCUUCAACAUGAAGACGCAGCUCGUCGUCCACCAGGGAAUCCACACGGGAAACAAUCCUUACCAGUGCGGCGAAUGCGGGAAGGCCUUCGGCCGGAAGGAGCAGCUCACCGCACAUCUGAGAGCGCACGCGGGCGAGAAGCCGUACGGGUGCGGCGAGUGUGGGAAGGCUUUCAGCAGCAAGUCAUACCUCGUCAUACACAGGAGGACGCACACGGGAGAGAGGCCGUACGAGUGUAGCUUCUGUGAGAGAGCCUUUUGUGGGAAAUCCCAGCUCAUCAUACACCAGAGGACUCACUCGACGGAGAAACCCUAUGAGUGCAGCGAAUGUGAGAAAGCCUAUCCCAGGAAGGCGUCGCUUCAGAUCCACCAGAAAACUCACUCAGGAGAAAAACCUUUCAAGUGUGGUGAAUGUGGGAAGGCCUUCACUCAGAAGUCGUCCCUCAGUGAGCAUCAGAGAGUUCACACAGGAGAGAAGCCUUGGAAAUGCUCUGAAUGUGGGAAAUCCUUCUGUUGGAACUCAGGGCUUCGUAUACAUCGAAAAACUCACAAGUGAGAAAUUAGAAUGAAGGAGAUGUUAGCAACUUUGUCACGGAUGUUGACCCUCAGGGGACUUCCGGUGAUAAUGGAGAUGGGAUGCAGCAGCAGGAAGUCCUGGACAUACACUCCUGUCAGCCAAGUCAGAGAGAGACCAUCGUGUUUGGAGUGUGGGGGCAGAAGCUUUUCGAAAUAAGUCCUACGAGACUCUGCAGAUGAGAACGAAGGAAUGAGGAGUAAGUAUGAAGGCCAGCGCCAUCAUGGUAGAGAUGAAAUCCGGAGAAUUCGUAUUUAAAACUUCCCAAAUUUAAUAAACGAGGAAAGCAUUUUCCCAUAGGAAAUGUGUUAUGUGUGGGGAGUUACAUUCCAGAUUUGAAGCUACUUGAAAAACCAUUCCAGGUUUUUUCAGGAUGGAGUAUAAAGUUGUUUUUUAUUUUAAUAUGUAAAUAAAGCAGUGGUCAGGAAAACAUCAAGGAACAUAUUCUGAAGGUUAAAGGACAUUUACUGUGACUUUCCUAAGUCACACUGAAUAGCAUUUUUAAAAAUUUUGGUAUUUUAUUUUUUAAUGUAACUUGUCAUACAUAUAUUUGGUAGCUUAUGGAAUAACAUCCCCUAAUAUUCUCCAUAUUAAAUGCUAAAUAUCAGUUUUGUCUCUUUAUUUCUUAGCAACUAAAGUGAUGUGGCAUUUAAUAAAUGGAACGAAUCUGCUCCCCAAA